AUGGAGUAUCUUCCGUCGGAUGUCGUAGUAGACAUACUUUCUCGAAUACCAGUUGAGUCUGUUCUAGAUUGCAAAUUAGUUUCCAAAAGGUUGCUAAAUCUCCUGAGUGAUCGACGGGAUCAAUUUGCUAAGAUGCACCAUCAGCGGCAAUUACUACAACUUACUAGUACUGGUGAUGCUUUAUCUUCUUCAACCGGUCUUCUAUUCUCCUUUGAAAAAUAUGAAGAAGAUGAAAGAAUAGGUGUGCGACUUUAUUAUGGGAACAAGUAUAAUGAUGAGAUGAAUAUCCAUGAGAAAUUCUCUUACAAAACACUUCAAAAAACCACCGUCAGCUGUACUGCUAUGCGCCAAUCUAAUGUCAUAGUUGGUUCCUAUAAUGGACUGAUCUGUCUCGUCAGAUAUCACCAUGGAAUGCCUGAUCCUAUCCACAUAUGCAAUCCCAUCACUGGGGAAUAUGUCAAUCUUCCCGAAUACACCUUAACUGAAGAGGAACAUUUUGCCGCCUUUGGGUUUGGAUAUGUCCAUUUAGCGAAUAGUGAUCAAUACAAAGUUGUUAGGAUUUACUACCCGGAUUCGGAAAACUACGACAAAGGAGAGGUCCAGGUAUACACAAUCGGCAUUGGGAGUGGGUGGAGAGCCAUAGGUACAACAUCCUACCUAUUGUGGUUGGAAAAUUGUGUGGGAAACUAUGUGAAUGGAUCUCUUCACUGGAUUGUUGACAAGAAGAUCGUGGCUUUCAACUUGGCAGACGAAGAAUUUGGAUUAAUCCAGUCACCACCUUGCUAUGAUUCUUCCCACGACUGUUCUACCUGUUUUGACAUGGUGCUAGAAUUGAGAGGGAAUUUGUGCCUAUGCCAUCAAAACAACAAAGAACGUCUUCUAGAUAUAUGGGCUCUGAAGAAAAACGCAGCAGAGGCGAGUUGGAGCAGGGACUUCAGUAUAGCAUACAACUCGGGUUGGGAAGGGGAAGGGGGUAGUGAAUUCCAGGCUAUGCCAAUACUAAUUACAAAGAAGAAUGAAGUCCUCUUUGUGCACCAAGGUUCAACGCUGUAUUGUUAUGACCCAAAAAACAAAUACGGUGAUAAAACUUUGGGAUGA